AUGAGGCUGCUUCCAAAGAUCAAGAGGAGAUACGAUUAUGCAGUGAUGAUCUUCAUUCUCACCUUCAAUCUUGUCCUUGUAUCGCCUGUACGGUCAGAUAUCAUUGUGAAUCUAGCCCUAAACCGACUCUCGACGGUUGGUAUGGGCUUGGCAAUCUGCAUAUGCAUUAGCAUCUUCAUCUUUCCUAUGUGGGCAAGUGAUGAACUCCAUUACUCUAUAGCCUUCAAAUUUGAAAAACUUGCCUCCUGUAUUGAAGGAUGCUUGGAGGAAUUUUACACAAUAUCCAAUGAUAUGGAAACCCUACAAAGUAUCGUUGUGCAAACCUGCAAGUCUAUACUGCACUCAAAUGCCAAUGAGGAAUCACUAUCUUCAUCGGUGAUGAGCCAGGCAAUGAAGGAACAAACUGAUGAAAUCGUGAUGCUAUCACUGGUGUGGAUUUUGAGAGAGCUUGGAGAAAGUAUUAAGAAGAUGAAAAGAUGCCGUGCUAGUGUUUUGAUAACUCCGAAAUUGCAAUGA